AAAGGGGGAAGAGUGUGAACAAGAGGGAGAAGAGGCGUUCUCUAACAGAAAGAGGUAGAGGAAAGGAGAGCAAAAUAGUUGUUUUCUAUCUCCGUGGAUCUCACACUGAGAGUUGUCUCACCACAAGAGAGGGAAUAUUUUAUUUAUUUUUCUUCUGUUCAUGUUAUCACCACUGAUCAUGCAGAAUAAAAACCUUGUUAAACUGGGAUUUUCUUCAAUCUGAACUCAACUGUAAAACAGAUUUAACCUCAGACUGAUUCUUCUGACGGGACUCGUUCUAUUAGGAUCCUACUAGUUGUCUGGUGUGGAUAUAAUACCAGUCUGUCUCUGAGAUGGGGUCCAGAACUCUUCUACUUGUUCUGGGUCUUCAUUUCACUCUUCUGGGGAACCUAGAGGCCAUAGAUUGCGACCCGGGCUUCACAGCCAAAGGGAGACAAUGUGAUGAUAUAGAUGAGUGUAAAGAGUGGGACAGUACCCCACCCUGUGAAAGUACUGCCACGUGUUACAACACACCGGGGAGCUUCUACUGUCAGUGUCAACCUGGGUUCAGAUCCACAACGACUGUCGACUUUACUCCUCUCACUGGGAAGUGUAAGGAGCUCAAUGAGUGCCAGGAGACACCACAGGUUUGUGGCAGCAACUCCGUUUGCCUCAACACCAUCGGGAGCUUCAAAUGCCAGUGUCAACCUGGGUUCAGAUUCUCUCGUAACACUGAGAAGUACUGAUGGAAAGUCCAAUAUCAAGUUUUCUGAUGAGUUUACCAAUGAUUUUGUCACGUCUGCUCCUGCUCCCCCUCUCUGACGCUCGAGGUUGCCAGACGGCUCAUCAUUACUCACACCUCUCACCAUCGUUACGCGCCCCAGCGCUUCAUCGGACUCACCUGGACUCCAUCACGUCAUUGAUUAUCUACCCUAUAUCUGUCACCCAUCCAGUUAAUUUUCCGUGUCUGCAUUGAUGUUGUAUUGUUUCUCCUGUCCAGACACUCUUACUGUUUUUCGUGUCUGUUAAUCCAUUAAAUAUUCAUUCCCUGUACUUACUUCUCGUCUCCCAGCGUCUGGCAUCACAGAGCCAUUACAGAUUGUGUACAUUUCCUUUUUAAAGACUUGCUGAGGCAUUUGACAGUUAGUGACACUGUAGUAAUAUACAGUAUAAAGAUACCUGGAUCCGGCUGUUUUUCAGUUUAUUUUUAUUUAAAUUGAACCUUUAUUUGACUAGACAAGCCAGUUAAAAACAAAAUGUUACUUACAAUGAUGCCCUAGGAACAGUGGGUUAACUGCCUUGUUCAGGGGCAGAACAACAUGUAUAUUUUCUUUCAGCUCCAGGGAUUCGAUCAAGCAACCAUUCGGUUAUUGUCCCAAUGCUCUAACCACUAGGCUACCUGCCACUAGGAUACCUAUCUCCUCUCUUGGGUAGGGGGUAGUAUUUUCACCUCCUGAUGAAAAACAUGCCCAAAGUAAAUGGCUUGUUUCUCAAUCCCAGAAUUUAGGAUAUGCAUAUAAUUAGUAGAUUUGGAUAGAAAACACUCUAAAGUUUCCAAAACUGUUAAAAUAAUAUGCCUGUGAGUAUGACAGAACUGAUAUGGCAGGCGAAAACCUGAGAAAAAUCCAUCCAGGAAGUGGAAUUGUUUUCAUGUGGCUGUUUUUCAUUUAAAUAGUUUGUCUGGUUUCAGAAAAACGACGUGUUAACAGCCAUUUCAACAGUUUUAACAAUAGUUAUCACAGUGUCAUACAAGGAGGGAAAAUGUUGCUGUCUGAAGAGGUAGCAUUGAAUUGUACACAGCAUCUCCUCUUACUCUAUCUUGGUUCUUGCAGGUGACUGUGACCACCUCCUCAGACCAAUUGACAGUACGCCCAGAACAUUGUUCUGGUAACCAAAAUGAGUAUCUCAGUUUCAAGGUCCCAGAUUUGAGAGAAGAAACCUUGUUAGUUAUCAGUCAGUCAGUCACUUGCAGGAACCAAUGUUGCAUAAUGAAUCAUGUAAAUCAUGCUUAUAUGAAUUGUGUGGAUAACCGUAUAUUAGAGAACUAACGGGACUGUCCCGGCAGAGCUCCUGACCGAUGUGUACUAUGCAUGAAGUUUGUUGGAACCUCUCCAGCUUGCUGAUAAUAAAGAAUGAUUCAUUUAAGUUUGA